AUCAUGUUCUGUGUACCGACAGUGACAAUUGUUGGUUGAUUGAUAAAAAUAUAUUUCUUUCUUUAAUUGGAUCAUAGUUUCUCGAAAUAAUUUUAAAUUAUAAAUAAAAAUGUCUGUUCGUUUGGGUGGAGCUUUAAGAGAACUGAGAAUCCAUUUGUGUCAAACGGGCAAGCAAUCUGCUGGUGUUAGAGAGUUUAUUCAGCAAAACUAUGUGAACAUUAAGAAGGAGAACCCCAAUUUCCCGAUAUUGAUUCGCGAAUGCAAUGGCAUCCAACCACGCAUCUGGGCUCGAUACGAGAAAGGCGUCGAACGCAGCGCACCACUUACCAACCUAUCCGCCAGCGACGUAUUAUCCACACUUAGACAACUCGUCAAGUAAAAUGUUUGUUCUUUUAUUUGUUAUGUAAAUAUAUAUGUUAGCAAUU